CCACCGGUCAUAACGUAGAACUAUCCAAAACACACUCGGGGCAUCUUGGUCGCCUAUUAAAAUAUUAUUGCCGAACAAAUACUCGUGACCGUUAUCACUCUUUAACAACAUGACGUUAAUUGGGAUUGAGAAAGGCACCGCUUGCGUUGACAGUCUUGUCACCAUGACCAAGUCAAGAGAUGACAUGCCAGACAAGUUGAGCUCAGAGCAGGAACAUUCUCUGCGUAUCCUGCAAAAGGCUAUGUUCUUUAUCGAUUCUUUAUCGUUGACAUCGCUCGCCGAACCAAGACUAGCCGAUUUAAAUGUGCGGCAACGAAAUCUACUAGGCUAUUUUGAACACGAAAUGUCAAGCUCCGUCUCGAUCCACGCCGCGGUUCAGCGCGAACUCUGCCGUGUAGUUCUUCCAAUGGCUCUUGACAACCCGCAGAUUCUUGCUGCAAUUCUCUCCGUAUCUUCAACAUAUAGAGUGUCGACUGGUCUAGAGCAAGGCGAAGACGAUGCCACACAACUCCGGGUGGUGGCAAUCCGUCAACUAAAUGACAGUUUAAGUGGCGCAGAUGAGAACAGGCUUAUGGCAGCAUUUGCAACAAGCCUGAUUUUAUCUCUGGGUGACAUUUUUUCACCAACACGUACAGAAAAUUGGCGAAUAUUCCUGCGCGGUGCAAUUGUCUUACGAGAGCAUCUUAUCAACCAGCCUCCCACCUCGGAGCUAGAAUUUUUGAGAAGACUGUGCCUAUCGCUUCGGCUAAUGGCAGCUAGUGAGAUGAGCAGCAUAGAUAUGGGUAAGGAGACAGCAAAAAUCGCACCACCAGGAUACAUCUGCGACCUCGCUGGCUUUUCACCUUCCCUUGGGUCAAUUCUCGAGCAAAUUCAAGACUUUUGCCGCGAGUGCGACGCCCACCCAACCGCAUUGCAUGAUCGCAUUGGGCCAUUGUAUCAAACGUAUGCACAGCUGGUCGACAAAAUAAAUCUGCUGUGUCGCCUACGCCUACGCGCACCCCUCUUUCGCCCAGAGGCUGCCAGGACGUUGACUGCCGAGAUGAAACAAGACCUUUGGAACCUGGAUGAAGCGUUCCACCACUCAGCGCUAUUACAGCUGCAUGCGCGUAUGCAUUCCGUGAGAACCCCUGUUACUCAAGCUAUCCGUGCAUCGGUAUUGCGCAUCAUUGCAUGUAUUGGUUGUAUGGACUUUACAAGGAAGCCGAAUCCCGCUGUCAGUACCAUUGGACCUCUGUAUGAGGCUGGCAGAGCGGCUAUAGUUCGAGAGGAUCAAGAACAGGUGUUUGCGAUUAUACUGAGGAUCCAAAAGACUUGUCCCGUUGCUAAUUUUGCAAGGCUUGUUAGUAUAUUGCCGUUAAUAUGGGGAUGGGAGUAAUUUCAUAUUAGUAAAUAUUGUGUAUUUUAAGAUGUAUAACGUGGUUCACGGGCGAGCGCCGCACUUCGUGUCAUUUUUAAUUGAUCAACUUUAAACAAUAAUUCCACAACUAACAGUGAUAGGAAAAGCCUCAAAUGAAGCUAAUGUU